UGACAUAACUGUUUUCCAGUCUGCAUACUAUAAAAUUUGUACUCAUUUACCAAAUACCAAGUCUCUCAAAAUCUGUCUUAGAGUCUUCGUCUAGGCACCUUACUUUCCACCUUUUUGCCAGCAUCCAGAUCACGUUUCGUGUCCAACAGACUUAAAAUGCGUUACGUGGCUGCAUACCUGUUAGCUUCCCUUAGUGGAAAAGAACCAUCUAAUGAUGAAAUCGAAAAAAUUCUGAGUUCUGUUGGUAUUGAAUCUGACACAGCUAAAGCUAGUCUCGUUCUCAAAGAACUUAAGGGCAAAAAUGUCGAUGAAGUUAUUGAAAGUGGCAGAUCUAAAUUGGCCAGUGUUCCAACUGGUGCCGCUGUAGCAGCAUCAGCCGGAACUGGAGCUGCAGCACCAGCAGCUUCUGAAGAAAAAGCUGAUAAGAAAGAGGAAAAGAAAGAAGAAUCCGAUAAUGAAUCUGAUGAUGAUAUGGGUUUCGGACUAUUCAACUAAGAUAUUCUUCUGGCUGUUUCUUUUAUAUUUCAAAAAUUGAUGGUUAAAUAAAACAAUUGUUUUAAUUA